UAAGUCUUUACUUGAAAACAGCCUGCUGUUCUUCAUUUCGCCAUGGCUAGUUGGCAAAUUCGCAGUUGGCUAUCAAAUAAUCUAAGACGCGUCGCGUCAUGUUCGAUGUCGAUGCAGGCAGCGCUCCCGAAAAACAGUAGUGCCGCGUUUUCACUUAUCCGCUCCCAGCCUUCGCAGUACAUCGUCGCAUCUCUUGCGGGACGUAAAUACCUCCUCGCGCCCAAGGACUUGCUCACAGUUCCACAUCUCAAAGACGUACGCGUGGGCGACGUAUUGGCGUUGCAGGAUAUACAUGAAGUCGGCUCUCGGGAUUACACCCUUCGUGGAGACCCAGUAAUAUCCCCAAGUCGCGUCAAGGUUGCGGCUACCGUUGUCGAGCAUACCAAGGGCAAAAUGGAGGUGGUGUUUAAGAAGAAGCGUAGAAAGGGUUACCAGAAGACAAUCAGGAACAAGCACCCAUACACUCGUCUGCGCAUAGGGUCCAUCGAGUUCCCUGAGCCUUCAGAUUCAUAGCAGUAGCAGAACUA